AUGGAUUCUAAAGAAACCCAGCAACAGCAGAAUCGCAACGCCGCCGCCCCGUUAGCGGGUCCCACCUCAACUUCUCAGGCCAUGCACAACCGUUCUGAUCUGCGCCAGCCUCAGCCUCAACCAGGCCCGCUCGUGCUCGACGGAGCGCCUAACUCCCUCCCGGUCCAACAACCUUGGAUGCUACUCGGGGUCGAGCAACUAGCACGAGCAAGAGCGAGGGCGUACGCUCCUCCGGAUGGUGGAGAUAGCGGCGGGGGUGCAAAUGCUGGCCCGCCUGCUAGAGGAGGACAAGAAGGAUCGCUUACAGCUCAUGUCAUUAACAUCAAUGCUGGAGAGGACAUAGCUGCCAAGUUAGUGGCGUUUAUGAAUCAAGAACCACGCCACGUCUGUGUUCUCUCAGCUUUAGGAGAUGUAUCUAUUGCGGAGCUUCAAUCUAACAAUUCUCUUGGAUUAGUUAAGUAUGAGGGCCCAUAUGUUAUCACUAAUAUGUCAGGUACUUUCUCGAAUACUGAGAGUAAUGGUACUGUGACCAGAACUGGUAACUUGAACGUGUCUCUGGCUGGUCCUGAUUUCAAGAUUGUGGGGGGUUGUGUUGGUGGAAUGCUUGUAGCUGGAUCACCAGUCCAGGUCAUUGUUGGAAGCUUUGUACCAGAGGGACUGAAACUGAGCGUAGCUUCAGCACCAGACAAUGUGUUGAACUCAAGUGGUGGUGGUGGUGGUGGACCAGGAUUACCUCAGUCUCCGGGACCAAGCGAGUCAUCAGAUUGA